GUCACUGAAAUCUGGCGAGUUUUCCGGUAACAAAGUCUUCCAAUUGACACCCCUUUUAUCCCUUUUCUUCUUUUUCCACAGUAAUUCUUGUUUCCUUUCUUCCACCUUUUUGGAAGGGUUUUUUUUUUUUUUUUUGGCCCUGUCAAUUAGAGGUGACGAAAGAAGAGGCUUUGGACGAGCCGGAGAUUACGAUACAAACCUCGCACCCAAGUCGACACUUCGGUCCUGCCAGCUCACCAAAGAUGCGCCAAGGCCCAAGGCUUGAAAGCUCGCGGAAAUAGAGUUUAAAAAUUAAUUAAAAAAAAGCGGAGAAAACAGAUGAACAACAGGCGUCAAAAUUAUAAAAGAAAAAUGGCGUGCGAGAAAGUAAAAGUGUAAAACAUUCUCUCAACGAUUUCAGGACCGUGCGGAAGCAAACCAACAAACAAGGCAAGGCCACCUUUCCCCUUUCCCCCCUCCCUCACCACCGCGCUUCCGGCCGGGAAACCUGCUCCAAAAUCAACAACCACCUCCACCGCCGCCGUCGUUAAAUUGAAGGAAGAGAAGAUGACGGCUCGUUCCCCUAUCACAUUUGAUUCCUGAUUCCUUGCUCUACCUUAGAUCUGUAUGCACACAGUAAGCAUCCCCGCUUCUUCCCCCGUUCGUCAUUUCGAAUUUCUUCCUUUUCGCUGAUAAUUUGAUCGGAAUCGUAACGAAAACAGGUGGGAUUUUCUCCGAUCACCGUCGCCGGAAGCUAUGCAAUCCCGAGUGGUGGUAUCACUCGAGGAAAGCAACAAAGACUCAAAUCCCCCUCCGCCUCCUUCAAUCAAGACGGCGAUCCCUACUCAAUCCAGGGGAUUCCCCUUGCGCAUGCUCCGAUUAUUCUUUCUCUUCCUAUCCCUAUGCUUCGCAUUCUCCUUCAUCAGCAUCUACGCAAUCAGGCGGUUCGGAGUGCAGAAUGUGGUCACCACCGUCAGGUCGGGCUUCAUCCCCAGCUGCAUUGGUGGUGCUGCCGCUGACUCUUUUGCGACGCUCGAGCGGUUUAUCGCCCCACCAUCGAACUUGCUCCACAGGAUGAGCGACGAGGAGUUGUUCUGGAGGGCUACACUUGUCCCUCGAAUACAGAAAUACCCUUUCAGCAGGGUUCCAAAGGUGGCUUUCAUGUUCUUGUCCAAGGGUCCCUUGCCCCUUGCACCUCUUUGGGAGAGGUUCUUCAGUGGUCAUCAGGGGCUAUACUCCAUUUACCUACAUUCCCUUCCUUCAUUCGAAGCCAAGUUCCCACCUUCGUCGGUUUUCUACCGGAGGCAGGUCCCUAGUAAGGUCUCCGAAUGGGGCAAGAUGAGCAUGUGUGACGCCGAGAGAAGACUCCUCGCCAACGCACUGCUCGACAUCUCAAACGAGUGGUUCAUUCUCCUCUCAGAAUCAUGCAUCCCUCUCUACAAUUUCAGCAUCAUAUACCGCUACAUAAGGAGUACAAACCAGAGCUUCAUGGGCGCGUUCGAUGAUGAGGGGCCCUACGGGAGGGGCCGGUACAACGAGAACAUGGCCCCCGAGGUGAACAUCACACAGUGGCGGAAAGGCUCCCAGUGGUUCGAGUUAAGAAGAAACCUUGCUGUCAGCAUAGUGGAAGACACAAAAUACUACCCUAAGUUCGAGGAGUUCUGCAGGCCAAACUGUUACGUCGACGAGCACUACUUCCCCACAAUGCUGACAAUCGAAGCACCGAACGAGCUGGCGAAUCGGAGCAUCACGUGGGUUGACUGGUCACGAGGCGGGGCACACCCAGCCACCUUCGGAGGGGCGGAUAUUACGGCAGAGUUCUUCAAGAAGAUAUACGACUCGCAGAAAUGUAAGUACAAUGAUCGGGAAGAGUUCCAGAUUUGUAAUCUCUUUGCGAGGAAGUUUUCGCCGAGUACUCUCGAGCCGUUGCUGCACAUUUCUCAGCAGGUGCUGGGAUUCUGAAAGUGUGGUGGUGAGUGAGAUGUGACUCGGUUUCUCGAUCAUUCUUCUUCUGGGUUUGCCAUAUAUCGUUUGUUGUUACACAGUAGUAGUUUUCGUCACCACCUUGCUUUUAUGUGAGAGCAUAUGCAUGUAAUGGUGCUGUGGCUGAGCUUGUUUCCAUAGGUUUGCAGUCUGUUUUUUUUUUUUCUUCUUCUCUCCUGUAGAUGUACAGAAGACUACAACAUAUGGUUAGUUUUAGGUUAUGAGUAGAAGGUAGAGUUUUGACUACUGGGAGUGAUUGGCUAACUAAACCGAACUUCAAGGAUCCCCAGCCGGGUUGGUAGACAGUUUGCCUAGUGAAAUGGCUUUGAUUCCUUUCUCUGUUUGAGCUUCGUUUCUUCUAGUAGAACCCUAUUAGACACGGUCACGGAUCUUUGCUGAAGUAAAUAUGAGAUUGAUGAGGGUAUAUAUAUGUUUAUAUGUUUCUUGAAAUUACAGUAUUUUUAAAAGAAAAUUAUUCUAAUAAAAUUUCGUGUAACCAUAUAUUUUAACAAAGUAAACCCAAAUGUUUCAUAUAAAAAAAAAAAUGCUUGUGUACCAUUAUAUGAAUUCUUAAUAUUCUGUAGAAUACAAUAUUUUUGAAAACAUGUAUUAUUUGCUUGCCGCCGGCUGCUACUCCGGCGCCACGCGAUGGUCCUAGCCCUCCUCCAACCUCAUCGGUGGCGGCAGUCCUCGUUAAUUGGUGGGUUGCUGCGUGCAUGGGUGGAGCCGCAACGAUCGGAUUGUUAGUUGCAGGUGGAGUUGGUCAUAUGUAACAAUCCGAGACACGAUGAUUUUAACUAGUAGAUGGCAGGCAUGGGUUUCGUUUUGUAGUUGUGUCUUCUUUUUUGGUUUGAAAGUCACAUUUUUCUGAGGAGAUUUCUUAUCCUUAUUGGUUGGAUAUUGGACGAUCUCUUAACUAGAACUAGAGUAGUAUGCUAAUCUAUUUUGUUUUAGUUUUGUUGUUUCCAUUUGAGGUAAUAAGAUUGUUAAUUUAUUAUAUAUGUGGGUAAGUUUGAUCGAAUUUGCAGAUAAAUCCAAAACACAAGUUGUAUUGUCUAAAAUAAAGAAAUGAUGUGGAGUGAUACCAUUUGUUCUCAACGAUUUUUCAAUAGGUCAUGCACUCAUGCUAGUUUCUUCUAAUCGUUUGUCAAAUCAUUCACAAACUUGCCAACAUAAUCGAUUUAAAAUUUUUAUUUUUAUGAUGCAUUAUAGUUAUAGUUCUACAUAUUAUCGUAUGAUAUAUAUUUGUGAUUCCUCGAAUUUAUAACUAUAAUAUAGAUGUGAAAAGAUUCUAUAAUAAAGUUAAUUCGACAAAUAUAUUUGGAUCAGGCCUUAUCAUUACAUAAUUCGAUAUGAAUACCAUCCUCACAAAAAAUACAUAUGGAAUAAAUAUGUUAUUUCACC